AUGCCUACCACCAGACGAUCAGCAGCCGCCAGCGCCCGGGGUCGUCCCGGCCCUGUCAAGGGACAAUCAACAAUCAGCUUCACCGGCAAGGUCACAAAGGCCGUGCCAAAGGACCUCAAGAAGGCAGCGUCCGACUCCGCGAUUGCCAGAACGACCAUCCCGGAAAGGCCAGCGUCCAAGGAUGAUGAGACCGACGUCAUUGAAGAGCCGGAAGAAGAAGUAGAGCCCGUCGUUGAACAGGUCUCAGAGAAGUCGGAGGCAGAGCUGAAAGCGGAGAAGAUCACGGAUGCGCAGAUCAAGUCGUACUGGAGAGCGAUUGAGAAGCAGCGCAAGGCGCCCCGGGUGCACCAGGAGGGUCUUGAUUUGGCCGAGAAGGUGCUGAGGUACUUUGAUGUGAGCUCGCAGUAUGGGCCUUGCAUAGGGAUUACUCGCAUGAAGCGAUGGCACCGAGCUGAGCGUCUUGGCUUGAAGCCUCCGAUUGAGGUCCUUGCCGUCCUGAUGAAGGAGGAGAAUAAGGGCGCAGAGGAUUUCGAAACGGCGCACAUUGAUCGGAUAAUGAAUGCCACGGCUGCGUUACCAUGA